UAUACGGAAUAUUUGGCAAACGGACUGGUCCGAUGGGGUAAUGUGUCCGCCGCACUACUGCAGGAAUGGACAAUGAUACACCAGAUGAGGUCUUUGCCGAGCUCAAGACGAAGCCCCUUGGAGGAUGGGGUGUUGCUCAGAUAGCUGUUGGUACUGGACUUGCUGUGUAUGCUAUGUGGGUGGGAAUCCUUCAGCCAGGCUUCCGAAAAGUCCCUUUAAGGCUACAGGUACCCUAUAUUCCAGCCAGCAAAGCUCAAGUAAAUAAUGUCAUGACAUUGUUGAGAGGUCGAAAGGGAGGUCUUGUUGAUUUGGGAUCUGGUGAUGGCCGUAUUGUCUUGGAAGCCCAUCGACAGGGUUUCGCUCCUGCUGUUGGUUAUGAGCUCAACCCUUGGCUUGUUCGCCUCUCCCACUAUCAUGCAUGGAGAGCAGGCCAUAAUGGAAAAGUGUCAUACCGACGGGAAGAUCUCUGGAAGGUUGACUUGACAGAAUGCAAGAAUGUCACAGUGUUUUUGGCUCCUAGUGUGCUUUCAUUAUUGCAGGAGAAGUUGCAGGCUGAGCUCCCUGAUGAUGCCUUAGUUGUGGCUGGACGUUUUCCCUUCCCUGACUGGAAACCCUGCAGGAUUGAGGGCCAGGGUGUGGACAGAGCCUGGGCAUACAGCAUGCAAGCACAAAGACAGACCACCUCCAGGAAAAAUGACAAGCUCACAGUCAUGGAUAGCGACCUUGACAAUGAACUAACCAAGGAGAAAUGAUCCACUUGAAGCUAUAUGGUCUUUUUCUUUCCAUGGUUUUUUGUCCUCCUAGAAUGGUAACAUAUAAUUACUAUAUAUCAUGAAUUUAUAAGCUGCUCAUCACAUCAGUAUCCUUCACUGGAUAAGGACAAAGUUAAGGACAUUUUACUUAACUUGACUGUCUACAUAAUUAAAGACUAAAUACUUUUUGAUUACUUCCGCAACAGGACGUUUCUGACAACUUCUUUUCUUUUUGCACAAAAGCUCUCUCUGCUACAGCUUUGAAUAUUAUAUUUGUUAGCAGCAAUGUCUGAACCACUUUUGAACUAGAAAUUCCUGAGCAACAGUUUGUGUUGGCAUCAAAGUAAAACCACAGCUUUGCCUCCAGAUACAUGUAGAGUAGUUUUUGUGAAUGAUCUGUCUGGGGGGGAGCAAGCUUUUGUUGUGUCAACAGCAGUUGUUUCUGCUGUGUUAAGCAGACGCACAGUUCCAAUCUCACAAACAGACUGUAACAUUUUCUAUAAACCCCAUGGGGUCCAUUGUGUAGAAAGGGUGGUCUUUGCCUGGGUUAUAAAUAAUUAUCCAGUAGCAGUUUGUCUUUGACUGUAGCCUUUUUUUUGUUUCUCUUUAAUGUUCAGUCUUCACUUUGCUGUAAAUGUAACUGCUCUAUUUAUGGACUAUAAAUUCCUCUUUCUCGUUCA